GUAAUAUCAAAUAUUUGUUUUGCUUGAACAUCGACUGAGAAGAUGUGUAGAACUGCGGCGCCGGCGGCGCCAGUGGCUGAGGGCAGAACUGGCGGCGUGGCCGGUUUGGGUUCCAUUAAACUUCUUCUUGUCAUCUGGUUUGUUGUCAGCAUCAGCAUUGUUCUUGGCGUGGAUGCAAGUGGCGGAGGGAGGUUGAAGACGGUUGUUGUCGUCAGCAAUAACACUCCGCCGUCGCCAUAUAAUUACUCGGCGAUGCUACCAAAGGGUGGAGCGAUUCCGCCGUCGGGGCCGUCACCCGGUAAUAAUCGCAACGCCGCCCCUCGGCUUGCGUCUCCAGACCCUCCGCCCAGUAUGAAGCAGCACUGAGUUCGGUCAUCUUAUUCAUCAAGCAAUGGAUUAUCUUUAUUUGCUCUUUUUGAAUGAAUGCCCAACGCGCCCCAUGCCAGUCGUAUUUUUGUUAAUUACCAUCGUAUUCACAAAUGAUUGUCUUUUAAAUCUUCACUUAAUUACUUUAGCUACACAUUUACAUAUGAUGAUUUGAUCAAAUCUAAGUUAAAGUUCUUUGAUACGUAGUAUUAGACUACAA